UCCUGGUCGCCCGCCCAGUCCGCAUCCAGAGUACCCAUGAAGUUCCUGUGACACAGCAGCGCCAUAGUGAAGCUGCAAAUGCAAGGUCCGGGGUUCUCGAGGAACUGGGAGACCAUCCCAAGAGCAUAGGCGAGAUCUGGUCGCGUUCCCAGCAUCAAAUAAACAAGACUUCCCACUGCUUGACGAUAUGGCACCGUGGCCAUGUACUCUCGUUCUUCCUCUGUGACAGGGGCCAUGUCACGGCUGAGUUUGUGAUUGACCUCAAGAGGUGUGGCCAGGGAAGAGCAUUCCAGCAUAUGGAAGCGUUCCAAGAUCUCCCUUGCAUAGUGAGCUUGUGUCAAGCUCAAGGUGCGUGCUCCUCGAUUGCGUAUAAUUUGGAUGCCAAGGAAAUGGCGAAGCUCGCCCAGGUGGCGGGUUUUUGCACCGAGAAUGCAGUCGUCAACGUACACAGCAACCAGGAGAAAAUCGUCACCACUCUUGUACAGGUACACGUUUCCUUCCACUGCAAGAGGAACACACCCCAGGCUCUUGAAGAACGCAUCAAUGCGUUCAAACCAAACCCUCGGGGAUUGUUUAAGCCCAUACAGGGCGCGAUUCAGCUUGCAAACAAGAUGUUCCUCACCAGGAAAGCAGUGCGAACGUCCAACUGGUGCAGUUCCAGGUCGUACUUGGCAGCCAGUGCAAGGAUCACUCGCACAGAGGUCAACUUCACAACUGGUGAGCACCUUCAGCAUUCAUGGCUUCUCGCCACUGGGCAGCAUGAGGUACAGCUAAUGCCUCGUCAACAUUCGCUGGAAUGGGGAUUCGCCCUGGAUUAGCAGCCACGAAGUUAGCCUGGUGCGUUCCUUUCUUUUUAAUUUUUCCAAAACUAAAGAAGGGACGAGAUUGCUCAGCUUCCAGUUGCAGCCGCAAUGGUACGGGAACUCGAGCAGAGCGUCGAGGUUCAGGACGUGCUGGAGGGUGGACCACAGGUGGUGGAACAAGUGGAGAGUCUGGGAGAGCUCCCACUGAAGUUGGCGACCUGCUUCCAGCUCCCACUGAAGGUGAUGAUCCACGUCCAGCUCCCACUGAAGAUGAACCGAGGAAGAACUCAGGAGCAGCUUGAAAUUCCUCGUCGCCCUCGAAAGGCGUAGCUGGAGGGCGUGGUGGCAGUGCUGGAGGAACCACCACGUUACCACCAGCAGAGAUCCUUGUACAGCUUGCUCUCAUCAAAGAGCACAUCCCAUCUUUCCAGCAAAGUUU